CUUCGAUUGAUACACCUACCUAUUUGGUUAUUGAGGCUCCCAAGAGCGUUAGAAGCUCAUAAAUGAAGCUGGGAAUGAUCGGGUAUUACUUGCAGAUAGGGGCAACCCAGUAUCCGCCGUUUCAAAUUGUCGAGCAUGAUUGGCUAAAUGGUGUGCUGUAUUGAGGGUAGCGAGUUCACUUUUGUGUGGCAAUCGAACGGCCGUUUAGUACCUGAAAGGAGUGACAGAUCUUGAAUGCUAUUUCUGGAUUUGAGGUCAGCUUUUAGAAAGUAUCACUCAAAGGGGAGAAGUGAAACGAGGCUCUGAGUCCCUAGGUGAGCAUAAAACUAUAUAGUAGCAGCCAAUCCAACGAGUAGGGACACAUUCAAACUUCUUAAUCAUCACGAACUUAGCGACAACACAUCCCCUCACGCACUAAUCUGCACCCAUCGACCACCAAAAUGAAGCCGACCAGUAAUCUCAUCUUUGUCGCCUCUCUAGGCUUAGCCGGAGCCCUCGACCCCAACUGUGCGCCCGGCGGUAACUUCGACCUGAGCAAAUGGGAGCUCCAACUCCCCAUAGGUAACGGCUCACCGCAGAUUGUUCCACCAGCCCAGCUCGUGGGCUGCAACGGGUAUCAAGAUCCCGGCCAUCACUACUUUUUCACAGAGAGCGGCGAUGGUGCUCUCGUGAUGAAGGCCCCUGGAACCCCUUCUAAGACCGGUUGUGUCAAGUUCGCCGAGAGCCAGCACUGCCGCACCGAGCUUGGAGAGAAAGCCACUUGGAGUCCCAACUCGGGCACAAACAGACUGUUUAUGGACUUGGUGGGCACGAACGUGCACAACAUUUGUAUCGGACAGGUGUUCCAAGCCGAUAGUGGGUUCAACAAGCCCUUCGCAGAGCUGUACUACACCAGCGACGGACAGAUUAAUUUCGGCACUGCGAAGGCCGCGGCCGGCGGGGCUGGACAGGAUCUACAACCGCUGGGAACGGUCAAGGUUGGCACACGGUUCACGUACGAGAUUCGGUUCGAGGGCGGCAAGCUGCUGGCGCGAAUCAACAACAACGAUUUCACGACCCUGAGGACUUAUUUCACUACCCCCAAGGCGUUCUUCAAGGCUGGAAACUACAAUCAGGAUCUAUCAACUACAGACACUGGGGACAUUCAUGUCUUCCAGUUGAAGAUUACGCAUUAAGCAGUCGUUGUGUGGGACGGUGAGAAAUCACGCAUCAGUGACCCAGGCUAGAGUUCCUUUGCUAGGCUCUGGUGUACCGUUUGGCUCCCAAUUUAACUACUGUAUCAGCCUAGAAUUCAUGUAUAGAGGUAUAGAUAUUUGAGCUUAAAGUGCGAUGUCUAGCUAGAAAUCUCUGUUGGUUCGUGAUAGAUAGAAUCAAGUGAAGGCUGCACAAGUCAUAAAUUUCCAUGAUACAGCCCCUUUUCGAAAGAGAAUUAUAAAAGAAGCGUUUCUAUGUCGAACGCCAGUCGUAUAGAGAACAAAUAAACU